GAUCGUGUGAUUGCAUUUACCCAACUCUACAUAAGAUGGCGCGCCUGAUGUCGCCAGAAGAACACCAAGAACUUGGACGGCGGUAUUUCAAACUCAAAGAUUACGAUAAAGCCGCGGAAUCGUUCACACAAGGAAUCGUGAUAUCUCCAUCCGUCAGCCUCUACGACCACCGUGCCGCCUGCUAUGAUAGGCUGAAGGACUUGAAUGCUGCAGUAAAAGAUGGCAGGGAAAUGAUCAAGCUGGACAAGAAAGAUGUAAAGGGGUAUUUGCGUACAGCGAGCGUGUUGGAGAAGAUGGACAAGCCGGAUACAGCGCUUGGCAUCUACAAGUACGGAAUGAAGAAUAUCGCCAUUGGGGACAAGAACUUCAAGCUUCUUCAGCAACUACACGACAAACUCACACGCAAGCUCUCACCCCCAAUGGCCAUCGAUCCUUUCACCAUCUUGCCAGUCGAACUCGUUGAGAUGAUCCUUGCAUACCUGCCUUUCAGGAACGUGGUCAAUUGCAUGCGUGUUAGCAGAGGCUGGCGCGACUAUCUCGCAAAGCUUUCACGCGUGUGGAUGCAUCUCGACCUCUCCGGCGCCAGGAAAUCAGUCCCGCGCUCUUUCGUCGACAAGGCUGUCAGACGUUCCGAGUACCGCCUCACCCGCAUCACCGUAGACCGCUUCGAGCACAUGGACGUGUUGAAGAAUAUCGCCAGAGCUUGUAAAAGCCUCGCCGAUGUCGAGUUUCUCGCACUCCCCGGACACGUGUCUGCCUCGCUCAUCGACAUCGUUCAGCUGGCGCCCAAUCUGAAGAGAUUCGUCAUGCAUCCCGACAUAUCACUCGAUACCGCAACACAAAUCCUCCACCACCGACCCACCCUGGAACACUUUGAAAUCCGCAGCAUCCUGCGCCGCCGAUACACAGGCACCUGGAAAGGCCCGUUCCCCAACCUGCACACUCUGAGUCUAACUCAGCAAGUCGACGGAGGCACAGACCUAUCCCUCGCAUCCCUGAUCUCCCUCACUCCAGCCCUCCAGUCCCUAACCCUCACCGUCGUACCCACGAUCCAAGAGCUCCCCUCCCUCCUCACCACCUCCCUCACAACCCUAACCCUCAAACACCUCCGCGCAGGCCCCUUCCCCAUCCUACCCCCCACCCUCCGCCGCCUAGUCCUAGAAUACACCAACACGCAGCCCAGCGCCCCCCUCCUCACCAACGCAUCCCUCUCGCGCCUCCCCUCGCUCACCCACCUAACCCUCUCCGGCAUCGACAAACUAGGCCCAGACUUCUUCCCCCUCCUCCUAGACACCUACCAAGACCCCUCCAGCGGCGAAACACACACCCUCGAAACAACAUCCCCGCUGCACACCCUCGCCCUGCGCAUCCACCCCGCUACACACACCAACUUGCUCCCCACUCUCCUCGCUUCCUCACCCCGCCUCCUCACCCCGACGCUGCACACGCUCGACCUCGCUACCCUGCCCCUCACAGACGACGAUGUCGAGGCCCUGCUCAGAUUCCCCGUCUCAGGCCUGCACUCGCUCGACGUGUCGCAUACGCGUAUCUCCGGCGCGGCGAUCAAGAUGCUGGUUGAUGGGUUGCCGGGGUUGAGGGUUGUGCGCGCGGAUAUGUGUGUGGGGAUUACGGGGAGGGAUGCGUUGGGGUAUGCGGAGGCGAGGGGGGUGAGGGUUAGUUGGCGGAUGGGGGAGGGGGCUGGGGGGAGGAGGGUGAGGUAUUGA